ACACCCUGGCAGCUUGGUGCAGAAUGUGUUGCUAACUACGACUUUGAUGGGAAAACGGACCAAGAUCUUCCAUUUACUAAAGGAGAAUUCUUGACCAUUGUUGCUGUGACCAAGGAUCCAAAUUGGUACAAAGCAAAAAAUAAGGUGGGGCGAGUUGGAUUCAUACCAGCCAACUAUGUUCAGAAAAGAGAAGGAGUCAAAGCUGGGACCAAGCUCAGCCUAAUGCCAUGGUUUCAUGGCAAGAUUACCAGAGAACAGGCUGAACGGCUCCUAUAUCCACCAGAAACUGGGCUAUUUCUUGUGCGUGAGAGCACAAACUAUCCAGGGGACUACACACUAUGUGUGAGCUGUGAAGGGAAAGUGGAGCAUUAUCGCAUUAUCUAUAAGGCUGGAAAGCUUACCAUCGACGAAGAAGUAUACUUUGAUAACCUAAUGCAACUGGUGGAGCACUACACUAACGAUGCAGAUGGCCUCUGCACUAGUCUAAUGAAGCCCAAACUAAUGGAAGGGACCGUGGCUGCUCAGGAUGAAUUCUCCCGGAGUGGUUGGGCUUUGAAGAAGAGUGACCUUCAAAUUUUGCAGACCAUAGGAAAAGGAGAAUUUGGAGAUGUCAAGUUGGGUGAAUACAAGGGAACAAAGGUAGCUGUAAAAUGUAUAAAGAAUGAUGCAACUGCACAAGCUUUUGUUGCUGAGGCGUUAGUCAUGACGCAACUGCGACACAAAAAUCUAGUUCAGCUGCUGGGAGUGAUUGUUGAAGACAAGAGCAGUCUGUAUAUUGUCACAGAAUUCAUGGCAAAGGGCAGCUUAGUGGACUAUUUAAGGUCUCGGGGAAGGUCGGUUUUAGGAGGGGAGUGUUUACUGCAGUUCUCUUUAGAUGUGUCAGAAGGAAUGGAAUAUCUAGAAGACAAUAACUUUGUGCAUAGAGAUUUAGCGGCACGCAACGUGUUGGUGUCAGAAGAUAAUAUUGCCAAGGUCAGCGAUUUUGGACUUACUAAAGAAGCCUCUGCAAUACAAGACACCAGCAAACUGCCUGUGAAGUGGACAUCGCCAGAAGCAUUGCGGGAGAAGCUUUUCUCAACAAAGUCUGAUGUAUGGAGCUUUGGGAUUUUGUUGUGGGAAAUAUAUUCCUUUGGGCGAGUGCCUUAUCCACGCAUUGCCCUGAGAGAUGUUGUACCAAGAGUGGAAAGAGGAUACAAGAUGGAUGCUCCAGAUGGAUGUCCUCCUGUUGUGUAUGACCUGAUGAAAAAGUGCUGGCAUCUGGAUGCCAACCAGCGACCAACCUUCAGGCAACUCCGGGAACAGCUAGAGCAUAUCAAAGCCAAUGAGCUGUACCAUUAA